AUGUUAUUGGAUUAAUAAUUUUAGUAUUCUUACAUAAAGAAUACUAUUUAAAAUGGAUUCUAUAAUUAUUAAUAUUCUUCAUAUUCAUCCAACUUUAUAAUAUGGGAUAUAUUUCAGUCUAAUUCUCUAUUGAAAUUCAAAUCCUGCUUCUUAUUAAUUAAAUUGGAUUAGGGGUUAAUGUUUUACUAAAUUAAACAUAUAAAUUAUCAUUUCAUUGGUCUCUAUGUAAUAGAUUACAGUUUAUGUUUUUUUUUUUUUAGGUUAAAGAGAAUUUGUAUUGAAUAGAUCACUUUUAUUAAGUAUAAUCAUUUUAUAUUAUCAUGUAGAAUUGAUCCAAGAUAUUUUAAUCUAGAAAAGAUUAAAGCAAAACAUCUAACAAUAAUUUUUAUUAGACCAAAUGUUACUUUGAUAUUCUAACAUAAUUAUUCUAAAAAAUACUUAUAAAUCCGAGUAAAAUUAAAAGAUUCUAAAAAUAGAAACUACAAUAUAUAAAAUUGA